CGCUGCAGAGCUGCCCCGGAAGGAAGUCGAUGCUGCACAACCGUGAGUUACAUGACCGUUUGGUUAGAAAACCUUCGGUUUUGUAUGACCUAACGUCGUGUGGAGUAAAAUGAACAGUUGUUUGAGAUGUCUACAGCAGCAGGACGAGUUUUUAGCGGUCUGACUUUCAGUAGAGGGAUGUUUGUCCGGAACGCUGCGACGACCGUGAGGAGACUCAACAGUGUGCGAUCUCUGGCUCUGAGCUCUCAGCUGUCGGCCAGAUCUAAAAAGCCCACAGGUGAAGAAAAGGAGGUAAACGACGAGCCCAUCAAGUUCUCCACCAGCAAAGCCAGUCACAGGGUCUGGAAUGUCGAUCGCUCCAUGGGGAGUAAUUUCAAGCGGCCCUGGUGGAAAGUCCUCCCCAUCAGCCUCAUCUUCACAGGCUUCCUCUUGUGGUGUGCAGUGAGAGAGGAGACGGACAUUGACGUAAAGCUGGAGAAGCAGCUGUACGAGCAUUUACCCAGUUCACUUCCAGAUGAAGAGGAGAAAGAAGUUCAGAAUAAACCAACUUAACAUAAGUGGAACUUAAGCUGUAUAUUUUUUAGGUUGUAUUUAUUGCAUCACUGUAAUUUCUGUGGACCAGGGGCAUCAAUGAAGCCGUCCAUUGCCACAGAAUUGCAUUUUUUUUCCCAGCAAAAGACUUCUGGAUUGUGUUAGUCCAUCAUUGCCUUUACAAACUAAAACAUGUUUAUUAAAUAUGCCUUGAUGAGUUA